AUGAUGUUUUGCAUCUCUGUUCCAGCCGUCGUGGGAUGGCUGUGGACUGCGGGGUUACUGAAUGAAAAUGUUGAGGCAACGAUGUCCGGUGCCCCUUUCUACCCGGAAAUAGAGACGGACUCCUUAGGUUUUGCCUUUAUUUCAGCGGAUCAGUUUUUUAACGAGGGGUCCUUGGAGGGAGAGGAAGGAAGCAGAACCACCAUAGGCUCCCCUACGUCGAUCAGCAUCACAGAUAUCACUGCCCAGCAGGGUAACCUUGUCUAUCACGACCCAGACGGUACAAGCCUUGCCUUACAAUCAGGCGAUCUUCUUACAGUUGACGGAACCCAUUCUAAUGGAUCUCCCCCGACGUCUCCCCCCCACAACGGGAAAGGUGGAUGGCGGGGCGUCCGCGCCUCCCUUAGCACUGCUCUCGUAUUUCUUGUUGUGUGUUUGGGGCUUCUCACGUCGCGUUCCUUCAGAAUGCGAGCUGGACGAAAAAAUGCUGGAAUCGUUUACGCGCAGCAGAAACAGCCGAAACAAGAAAGGUCGACUGUAGCAGGCUCCAUGGAAGUGCACCAGCUGGAUGCGUUGCAGCAAUUGCAGCCAUUGGCUACCCAACUGGCUGAAGUUGUUGGGAUUGACGCAUCUCUUGCUGCACUAUGGGACUUUCGAAGUAGUGUACAAAAGGGUAAACAGGCACAGAGAAACAUUUUGAGGGGAUCAGUUAACACUUCGGAGUCAUCAGAGAGACUAGUGAAACAAGCCUUACGAGAAGGCGUUUCUGCACUAUCACGGUUGUAUGAAGUGGCUCGGCAGCACAGCUUUUCUCUGGCGCAGAAGACGCAGAAAUUCAAUGAUAUCACCUCCUUUUCAGAGGCAGAACUACGAGCCAUGGGAGGCUAUUUGGGUCCUGCCUUCGCCGGCUUGCUGGAGUUUCAUUUGGAAAGCCUGGGCUCUUCUUUAGCUACGCUUGUCAAGAAUUCAGAAGGGACGGAGAAGGAGGUGAAGGGGCUAAGGGAGUUCAAGGGUGUUGAGGAUCGGCGCUUGCUGGCUGCUGCUAUUGCAGAUGUGGAGUUCAUCAGGGCAGCGCACGAGGCGGCAGAAGGCCUGAAUCAACUCGCCAUUGCAUUAAGGUCCAAGGCGGUUACAACACUACUCUCACACUUCCGGAGGGAGCAGAUAUGCAUACAACGCCAGUGUAGAGACAUGUUAGAGGAGCAGCGCGCCCUCUGGCAGGUCGAGAGACAGCGGCAGCUCUCUCUUUCCAGCAGUGACAGCGCUGCCUUAGAGGAGCUUGACGCAGUGGAGGAGGAACUCCGCAAAGGGAGGCAGUUGCUGCAGACGCACCGUGAGAAGAUCGAGUUUCUCGCGAAGCAAAAGGACAUUCCCUCUGCACAAGCUGCGGGGCAGCAAGCAAACGCCGUGGGACAGGAUUUAAAGGCUUUGCUGCAAGUGGUAGCCAGCCGCAUAGCAGCGAUUUCUGGCCCUUCAGGAACACGUGAGGCAUCUCAGGACAAAGAAGUGCAGUUCGUCAUGCAUUCAUUGACCUUAGAAGCCAGUCGAGAGGCUGCCACAGCCGCCGAUAUAGUGGGAAGCACACGAAAGGCCCUGGAGUUACAGAAGGCUGUGGCACCGCCCUUUUUAUGGAUGCGACAAAACCAGGGGCGCAAGAGCAAUGACGCCAACAACUUCAUUAACCCCUCCGUAGAGAGGCUGGUGAAGGACUGGCUUCAGAAAGUAGCAGAUAAUGCACGGGCGGUAGCGAGACAGGCUGCCAGUGCAGCAGCAGGAACAACGCAAAAGAGCAGCGAGUCUCCGUUCUUUGAGUCGCAUUUGGCGGCAAGCAAAGCUACCAUGCUAGCGGAGGCCCUUGGCCAGGAAGCAGAGUUGUUGGAGCUGCGUGCGCAGCUCAUUACAUCCAUGAAGUUCGUGAUGCAGGUUAGCGACAAUUUGGCGCGCAGGGCGGCAGCAGCAGUAGGAGAAGCCCAGGGGGAGGAGGAAGAGCAGCAACAGUGGCAUGUCGUUCUGUCUCCCGACGAAAUUCUGCAGGUGCAAGCUCUCCUUGAUCAAGUACAAUUAGCAAAGGAAGAGGCGUGGUCACAGCGCAGUUUGAGGGCCUUGGCAGUGGCAGCAGCAGCUAUGAAAGAGGCAUCAUUCGAACUCACUUCUAUCAUUCAGGGACGUGAAAAGCUUUGA